AUGCAGAAAGAGAGCUGACGUCGCUCUCAUCACCGGCGGAAUUGUGGCGUUUUUAAACUUUUUUAGCACAUUUUUUGCCAGUAUGGCCUCGUCCAAGACGCUUGAGAUCACCCAGGAAGCAUGGCUCGACAAACUACAGAGUCUCCACAUUACACGCUCAGAUAUGAACAAACUCAUUAUGGACUACCUGGUCACUGAGGGCUUCAAAGAGGCAGCGGAGAGGUUCCAGGACGAGUCUGGUACCCAACCUGCAACCACCCUAGACUCUAUGAGUGAGAGGGUUAUGAUAAGAGAAGCAAUUCAGGAGGGCAGGAUAGAGAAAGCCAUAAGUCUGGUCAACGACAUCCAUCCAGAGCUACUAGACAAUGAUCGUUACCUUUAUUUUCACUUACAACAACAGUACCUCAUUGAGCUGAUCCGAAAUGGUCAGCUGGAGUCGGCCCUAGAGUACGCCCAAACUCAUCUGGCAGAGAGGGGAGAGGAGAAUGUUGAGAUCUUACCGGAGUUAGAGCGAACACUAGCCCUCCUUGCGUUUGAGAAUCCCGAAAUGUCACCCUUUGCUGAUCUAUUACACCCCUCACAGAGACAAAAGGUCGCAAGUGAAUUGAAUUCCGCCAUCCUUGAAGCUGAGAGUCGAGAGUCCAUGCCCAAACUUGCCCAUCUCCUUAAGCUCCUGCUGUGGUCACAGGAGCAACUCGACAGUAAGAAAGUCAAAUUCCCAAAAAUGAAGGACCUGGCAAAAGGAGAGUUUCAGGGACCAAAAUGAGGUGGAUGGUAGGCGUUUGGACGUAUUUUCGUGUCACAGACCAGGGCCCAAUUCUAAGCUUACAAAUUCUACGCUUACGAUCAUGAUUCCCCGCUUACCUUGUAAGCGUAGAAUGCCUAGUAACAUGGAGUAGAAGCCAAAAUUCAC